AUGUCUGGUGUCAGUGUAACGACGCGAUUCCUUUAUUCAGUUUUAUCCGGAAAAGUUUAUGCUGGCAAGAAGAAACAACAGGAGCCAUUGCACAAUUUGGUCAGCUGUUUUGCAAAGGAUAUCGGCAAUUGUUUCCAUCAGGAAAUUCCUGUUCAAAGUGCUUCCUGGACUGAGAAGAUCUUUCUUAUUUGUCUGGGGUUGAAGAGGGACCUCGCAGCCCUGGUAAAGCUGGGGAAGCUUCAAAGGAACUACAUGAGAGACACCAUGAGUGGUAAAGGCGCCGGAAUUUGUCAUCUUUGCCGUGGAGGCCAGGAAAACUUCAGCUAUCACGAGACGGAUUUCAACAUCAUGACAGAGAUGAGGCGAGAUGCCCCGCUUCCUUGGACACAACAACCCAGCUUACUCAACUCCAUUCCGCACAGCCCAUCCCGGAAGGCUGCCUUUUUCAAGUUGGAUCUUUUCCAUAUCCUCUUGAAGGGAGUCUUUGGUGACAUCGCAGCAAAUGCUAUAGUAUCUUGCUACGACUUGAAGGUUUUCGGGAACCUUUCCCUGGAGAAGUUCCUGAAACACGUUUAUGAUGAUGCUUCUGGAUACUGCCGCCAAAACGGCUUGCAGCUUCACAUGAUUGCUUUGACGACGGACUUGUUGGGUAUAAAGCGGGCAAGCAGUUACCCUACGGCGUCUUGGUUCAAAGGAGCUGAUACAUCUACCUUAUGCACCUACUUGCAAGCUAAGCUGGGGACCCUUGCGAACCUCGAACCAGAGCACCAACACUACAUGGGCCUCAUUCACAAGGUGGUCAAAUCUGCCAACGAGUUCAUGCGAACACUUCUUCACAGUGGGAACUUCCUACUGGACUCGGAAAGGGCUGCUGCAUUGCUUCAUGGAAAGAAGGUGCUGGAGUACUUCAAACAGCUUGCAACAUAG